UUACGAGAGAUCGGACACGGAGGCUUUAGUGGACUUGACUCUGUGCUUGUGAAUUCAUCUUCCUGUAGUCAAAAAAGUAUGGACAUCCCAGUGCGUGAGUUCGACGACGAAACGAAAAAGAAGCUCGCAGAGGCUCCGACGAACAAAGUCCGAUGUGACAUCAUCCGCGACUUCUACAGGCGAGUUCAAAACGAACAAAAGUGCUUUUUAUUGGGUGUGUACACGAGGUGGUACGUAACUCAGCUCCUCAGGGCUUACAAGGCACCAGUCCGAGAGAUGGAUCUGCCCACACUCACCUGGUCGAACCACGCACCGACAGACUUAUCGGGACCCCCGAGGAGAAGAUACAACGUAGGGACUAGUCUCAAACUUGUUUACAUGAAGAAAUUCAGGAAGCUUUAGAAUCCAAGUCAAAGCACCGAAAAUCCCUGAAUUUUUAGCCGCACUUGUUGAAUUUUGUGUAAAGUCUUCUUGUGAAGUCCACGAAUCAGCGAAAUUUUGACAUUGUACCAGUUACUGCACCACCAAUGAAUGCGUGGGUAUUUCCCAUAAUGUUUUCAUGCUAAGGUCCCGAU